UUUCAAGUAAAGAAACCAGAAACACAAUGACAUCCAUGACUUAUCACAACCCUCCACCAUCACCAAGACACCAUUCCCCUCUCUCUCUCUGUCUGGUUCAUGGAUCUUUCCUCAAACCUCCAACGGUCACAUUUCUAUCUUCCACUUGAAUAAUAAACCCCAAAUCCCACUUCAAAACGGUUACUUUCCUUUCAUUUCCUUUCUCUUCAAAUUCCCACUUCAAAGAAGUUAGUUUAAUCCUUUCCUUUCAUUUUCCUCUCCAGAAAGAAAAUUCCCACUUCAAAACAGUUACUGUUUUCCCUUUCAUUUCCUCUCUAAAAAGACCCUAAAAUAGCGACUUUUCAACUAUAAGUCCUCAUUUUCUACCUUGAAAAACAUGUCUAAACUCUGUUCGUUUACUAUGUUUGUAUUGAUACUGCUAGUGGCUUUGUCACUGCCAAAGUGUUUGAUGGGCCAAAGGGGUGUAGCACCAAGGGAUCUAUGGUGUGUAGCCAAGAACAAUGCUGUUGAUCAGGCACUGCAAGAAGCUAUUAAUUGGGCAUGCGGACAAGGUGGGGCUAAUUGUGGGCCAAUACAACAAGGAGGAGCUUGCUAUGAUUCUAAUGAUAUACAGAGAACAGCUUCUUGGGCAUUUAAUGAUUAUUAUUUGAAGAAUGGAUUGACUGAUGAUGCUUGUUACUUCAGUAACACUGCUGCUCUCACUUCUUUGAAUCCAAGUUUUGAUAAAUGCAAAUUUCCUUCCAGCCUAUCGGUGAAUAAUGGAAGCAUUUAUGCGUCAACAGGAACAAUACAGAUGGGGCCAGAUAAUGCAGAUUUGAGCAGCAGCAAUAGGGCUGGUGGCACAUGGUUUUUGCCCUUAUUCACCAGUUAUUUGUUUGUCGUAUUUACAUGGCUAAUUCACUGACAUUAGUGAAAGCGAGGGCUUUUUUUUUUUUUAUUAGGCAUUUAAUAGCUUUGGUUUUGUAGGUUCCAGGAAUCAUCUUCCACUACUGUUAUUAGCUCUGUAUGUGAAUCUAUUUUCAUCAAGAAAAUCAAGUAAAUUGAAGUUCUUGCUUUUCAAGUC